AUGCCAGGGAUCGAUAUCGGCAUAACGUGUCAUGAGCUUAACAUCGAUCCGACCUACAAACCCGCCAAACAAAAAAGGCGGAAGCUAGGACCGGAGUGUGCCACCGCGGUAAAUGAGGAAGUCGAAAGGCUCCUGAAGGUCGGAUCAAUAACAGAAGUUAGGUAUCCAGACUGGCUCGCUAACCCGAUCGUGCUCAAAAAGAAAAACGGCAAAUGGCGAGUAUGCGUCGAUUUCACCGAUCUCGACAAGAUCAUGAUGAAUCCCGACGAUCGUGAGAAAACUGCAUUGAUCACCGAUCAGGGAACAUAUUGCUACAAACUCGGCAAGACUAUGGAGGUAUACAUCGAUGACAUGCUCGUAAAGUCUCUUGACGAGCACGACCACGUCUCCCAUUUGGAGGAGUGCUUUGCAAGACUUAACGCCCACAACAUGAAACUUAACCCUGCAAAGUGUAGAUUUGCAGUGGCAUCAGGAGAAUUUCUCGGACGAGUAAUCCCCGUCGAGUUCAUCGAACACCCAAGCAUCGGACCACCAGUGGUCGCCAAUCUGAUUCGAGCACAAAUCAAAAAUGCGGAGGAAGUCGAAUCCCCACCAGAAGAAAACGUGGAUCAGUCAGAAUACGGCUGCGACAGCCCAUGGCUAGAGCCAAUCCGAGCAUACAUAAUCAACGGAACGCUUCCCACUGAGAAAUGGGCGGCCCGCAAAAUCAAGACCCAGGCCGCGGGAUAUGUAACGGUAGAAGGAGAAAUCUACAAAUGGAGAUUCUUCGGCCCACUCAUGACCUGCGCCGAAGGCGAAAAAGCAAAAAGAGUAAUGGAGGAGGUUCAUUCCAAAUCAUGUGGGAACCAUUCCGGCGGAAGAUUUCUCACCGUAAAAAUAAAACGCCAUGGUUAUUACUGGCCAACUAUGAUCAAAGACGAGGCAGAUUCCUACGCAAGUAUCAAAGACUGCAAUGGCCAGGCAGAGACCAUCAACAAAACCGUCCUCGACGGGUUAAAAAAGCGCUUAGAAGCCAAAAAGGGGCGAUGGGCAGAAGAGCUCGAAGGAGUUCUUUGGUCGCAUCGUACGACCCCGAGACGGGCUACGGGUGAAACCCCAUUUGCCCUUGUUUACGGAAUGGAAUGUAUGAUCCCCGCAAAAGUAGAAUUUCCCGGAGUACAGAGAAAAUUCCUCCCCGAACGAGAAGAUCUUAACAGCGCGAUACUGCUGGACGAACUCGAUCUUAUUAACGAGCGGCGAGAUCAAGCUCUCAUACGAAUCCAAAAUUACCAGCACGCCGCCGCAAAAUACUACAACUCAAACGUUCACCAUCGCAGGUUCAAGAAGGCGACCUGGUCUUCCAAAACAUUACCGAACGUAACGCAUGAAAACUGGGAGCAAACUGGGAAGGUCCAUACAAGGUCAUAA